UGGCACUGGUGAGGUACGGUUCUUGGAGCAGCAGAACCAGGUACUGCAGACAAAAUGGGACCUGCUGCAGCAGGUGAAUACCACCACCCGGAGGAACAACCUGGAGCCCAUCUUGGAGUCCUACAUUGCUGAGCUGAGGAGGCAGGUGGAUAGCCUGAAUGGCGAGCGGAUGCUCCAAGACUCAGAGAUAAGAAACAUGCAAGACUUAGUAGAGGACUUCAAGGCCAAGUAUGAGGAAGAAAUCAAUAAAAGGACCAAUGCUGAGAAUGACUUUGUCAUGCUGAAGAAGGAUGUAGAUGCUGCCUAUAUGAACAGAGUUGACCUGCAGUCUAGGGUGGACACACUGCUUAAGGACACUGACUUCUUGAAGUUCCUGCAUGAAGCGGAGUUGUCUCAGAUGCAGACUACCACCAGCGACACCAACGUCAUCCUCUCCAUGGAUAACAACCGUAGUCUGGAUUUAGAUAGCAUUAUCCAGGAAGUCCAAGAACAAUAUGAACUAAUUUUCCAGAAGAGCAAGGCUGAGACUGAGGCUAUGUACCAGGACAAGUACCAGGAGCUCCAAAUUACAGCUGGCAGACAUGAUGAUGACCUGAAGAACACUAAGAUGGAGAUUUCAGAGCUCAAUCGGAUAAUCCAAAGGCUACAGUCAGAGAUUGGAAAUGUGAAGAAACAGAUUGGCCAAGUGCAAUCACUCAUUUCGGAUGCCGAGGAGAGAGGGGAUCAAGCCCUCCAAGAUGCCCAGCAGAAGCUGCAAGACAUGGAAGAGGCUCUCCAUCAGAGCAAGGAAGAGAUGGCCCGCCUUCUGCGCGAUUACCAGGAGCUGCUGAGCACCAAGCUGUCCUUGGAUGUUGAAAUUGCCACCUAUAGGAAACUGCUGGAGGGAGAGGAGAUCAGGAUGUCAGGAGAAUUUCAGAACCCUGUUAGCAUCUCUGUACAGAGCAGCAAAGUCACCAUUGGAGGCAGCAGCAGCGGUGGCGGAGGCGGCGUGAGCUAUGGCGGAGGCGGCGGCAGCUAUGGGAGCAGCUCUGGCCGAGGAUCUGGAAGCUUCAGUGGCAGAGAGAGCUAUGGGGGCAGUAGGGGUGGUGGCAGUUCCAGAGGGGGUGGUGGAGGAGUUUAUGGGGGGAGCAGCAGUGGCGGGUAUGGAGAGAGCAGCAGAAGCAGGAAAAGUGGGCUCAGCUCUUCCAGGGUGCAAAUCAUCCGAACCUCUACCAACUCCUCCAGCAGACAUGUCAUCGAGUAGUGUGACAAAUGCCUUAGCCACCCAGGAUUUCCGCUAUUAUGGCUGCCAGUUUCUGAUCUCACCUGCCCCUCAAGCCUUUCCCUAGCCCCUUUCCUAGCCUCUUCCUGAUUAGACUCAACAAUUUUGUAAAUACAUUGGAGCCUUGGUUACGUGUCAAUGUGUGUGGGGUGCCAUAGGUGUGCAGAAUUGAGCUGCUGGAUGAAGGUGGGCUUGAGUGGAGGAGAGAAGUUAGAGGAGCAAUAUAUGGUUGAUCCCAAGGAACAGAUAAUCCAAAAUUCAUUUAUAGCUGUCUCAGUCAUCCAGACAGAAAGACAGACACAUAUACAAAUCUUCAGACAUACAUGGGUCAUGCUAGACCUCACUAUUCUUUCAUUUGGAUCUGUCUAUUGAGUUCUAGAGUCUAGUUUUGUAAUGGAGAAAAGGAAGUUUCAUGGACUCCCCAAUGCAGGUAAUUGAGAGGUGAUUGUAACUGUACCAAGUGUCUCAGCUCCAGAGAUUGGGACUCUUAGUGGCCCUUUUUCCUCCUUGGCCCAUAGCUUGUACGACAACCUGACAACAACAAUAAGCACAGACAUGAACAUUUCUUUCUGGAGAGUUAUUUGCAAGGCAGACACUGCCUGGGAAGAGAGGAUCUGUCAUUUCCAGAGGGACUGCUAUAUACAGUGUUUGAACUGUAAUUAACUCCUCAAUCCUUCUGGGGACAGUAGAAUCUCCUGCCCAUACUAAAGGUUGAAAAUGAUCUAAGUGGCCAUCCUAAUCCUGAGGAUUAUCUUGGAGUAGGCAAUAAUAUUCCCAUGGGGGAGGGUCCCAGAGGUAAUUGGUAAUGGACCUUUCUUCCAUAAGGAAGAAUUUCUGUUGGGAAUACGAGGGGCAGAUGUGGAAGGAAAGAGAACAACAGAUAUGGGCCACUGGGUCCUGUUUCUGCCUUGCUCUCUAGUCAUGUUCCCACAGGCAUCCGCAGUAUCCAGAUGUCCUGCUAGAAGUUCUGUCAGCGUGGCUGGUAUUUUGAAAUUGUGCUUAGCCUUCUAGUUGUCUUUCCUUUGCCUUUCCUGCCUGCCCUUGAGCUCUCCAGAUAAGAGAUAUUUGUGCCUACAGGGAGAAUCUGAUGAGAUUCUUGAAGCAGUCUUAAGGGAUUAUGGGGGAUUGAGGGCAUGGACAUAUUGGCUUUGAAACAAGGAAUAUGUUUGGUUCCCAAGACAUGGACUUACCUUCAUUUCCUUCCUUAUUGUGAUGUAAUACCACUUCCUUCUUUCUGCACCCCACUCCCAGCUUUGAACUCCCUUCAUUGCUGCUGAUGGGGACAACAUGGCAUUUAGGUACAUUCACCCCCUUGGGGAAAGAAUGGCCAGCAGUGUAUUGCCAUUGGCUCCAUUUCAUUGUUGAGACUUGGUCUUCA